AAUUAGCUAGUUCGAUCGAUCGUAGCUAGCCUGCCGAUCGAGAAAUACAAUGGCUUCUUCGUCUUCCUUCAUGCUCAUGGCUACUCUUCUUGCCUUGGCCUCAUGGCAGGGCAUGGCUUCAGAUCCUAGCCCUCUGCAGGAUUUCUGCGUCGCCGACAUGCACUCCCCUGUGCGUGUCAAUGGGUUUCCUUGCUUGAACCCAAUGGACGUGAACGCCGACCACUUUUUCAAGGCAGCCAUGCUCGACACUCCAAGAAAGACAAACAAAGUUGGGUCCAAUGUCACCUUGAUCAGUGCUGUGCAGCUCCCUGGCCUCAACACCCUUGGCAUCUCAAUUGCACGCAUCGACUAUGCACCCUUGGGACAGAACCCACCACACACGCACCCUCGUGCAACUGAGAUCCUUACGGUGCUUGAGGGAACACUUUAUGUUGGCUUCGUCACGUCCAACCGAGACAACAAACUUUUCUCUAAGGUGCUCAACAAGGGUGAUGUGUUUGUGUUCCCUGUGGGGCUCAUCCAUUUUCAAUUCAACCCUAAUCCUUAUAAGCCCGCGGUUGCAAUUGCUGCACUUAGCAGCCAAAACCCUGGUGCUAUCACCAUUGCGAAUGCGGUGUUUGGGUCAAAGCCGCCGAUCUCUGAUGACGUUUUGGCGAAGGCUUUCCAGGUUGAAAAGGGGACCAUAGAUUGGCUACAGGCUCAAUUCUGGGAGAACAACCACAACUAAUUAUUUUACAGAGAGUGUAACUAAAAAAUUAUAUGCCCAUUCAUAUGUCCUCUAUUUUAAUUAUAUGUACCACAUAAAUAAAUGCCCAUGCAUGCAUGUGAGCUGACUGUUUCUUUUGUUUAAUUUCUGCUUGAUGUAAUACAAAUAUAUGUGCAAGGUUUUGACAUGUUUAAUGAACAGCAUACUGCAGUGUUUUCG